UCUGUGGCAUCAUGGCGGGAACGGAGGCCCCCCAGCCGCAGAAACGCUAUUACCGGCAGCGCGCCCACUCCAACCCCAUGGCGGACCACACGCUGCGCUACCCUGUGAAGCCAGAAGAGAUGGACUGGUCUGAACUUUACCCAGAGUUCUUUGCACCGCUUACUCAAAAUAAGAGCCAUGAUGAUGCAAAGGAUGAGGAAGAGAAGCAAGCUGGGGCCCAAGUGGAGUUUGCAGACAUAGGGUGUGGCUACGGUGGUUUGUUAGUGGCACUGUCACCACUCUUCCCAGAUACCCUGAUUCUGGGUCUGGAGAUCCGGGUAAAGGUGUCGGACUAUGUACAAGACAGGAUUCGGGCCCUCCGUGCCGCUCCUGGAGGUGGAUUCCAGAACAUUGCCUGCCUCCGCAGUAACGCCAUGAAACACCUGCCUAACUUCUUCCGCAAGGGCCAGCUGACGAAGAUGUUCUUCCUCUUUCCCGACCCACAUUUUAAGCGAACAAAGCAUAAAUGGCGAAUCAUCAGUGCCACACUCCUGGCGGAAUAUGCCUACGUGCUAAGUGUCGGGGGCCUGGUGUACACCAUCACCGAUGUGCUGGAACUACACCAGUGGAUGUGCACCCAUUUUGAAGAGCACCCACUGUUCGAGCGCGUGCCUCUGGAAGAGCUAAGUGAAGAUCCCAUUGUGGAACAUCUGGGCACUUCAACUGAGGAAGGAAAGAAAGUCCUACGCAAUGGAGGAAAAAAUUUCCCAGCCAUCUUCCGAAGAAUACAGGAUCCAGUCCUCCAGACAGUGACCCCCAAUCCCACCCUGCCUGACCACUGACUUCUAACUCUGCCUGAGCUGGACUCAUCUAGUAACUAGAAGAAAGAUCAACUCUGCACCCCAGACCUGCUCAGACUGCUGGGACACGGCCAUGAUCUCUGAGAAGCUGCAUGUGGCCUGUGUUCUCACCCAUUACCGACUCUGUGUUCUUGCCCCUCCACUGUCAGAAGAAAGCAGAAGAAGCUGACCGAGAAGGUCAAAGGACCUUGGACCAGAGGGUGUAUUUGGAGGGGUGUGGGGUUUUCUUCUCCUCAGCUGGAGUGAAGAGGGCAGCGCCCUGCUGUCUAAGCUGUGUGUUUGGCUCAGGUUGCCCCCCCCCCCCCGUUGUGUUUAUUCUGCAGUCCUGGGGAUAGUGUGUGUGCCCGCGUGCCCAUGCUGCUGUUUCCCAGGAAUGCUGGGGUGUGUAUCACGUGCCUCCUCCCGUCUCCUGGCUUACAGUCUGACCUGGCCAUCGGUGCUGCCGUUAUUGUUGCCGCCUCGUACUGGAGGGCGAGAGGGAUACCACAGUGACCUUUGAUUCCAGACUUUCCCAGCUAACUGACUGACAUACUACCUGAUGGGCUGAGGGAGGGAAGGCGGAGGAAGAAAGACCGAGGAGCAGGGAGCUAAACCGGAAUAUUAAUUUUUAAAAUGUAUGUGUGUAUUUGCCUGCAUGUAGGUAUGUGCCCUACACUUGUGCCUGGGCCCUUGGGAGUUGGUUCCCCUGGAACUGGAGCUACAGACAGUUGUGAGAGUCUGGUGUGGGUGCUGAAAACCAAGUCCUGUUUGUCUGUAAGAGCAGCCAGUGCUCUUAACUGCUGAACCAUCUCUCCAGCCCCUGAACGGGAAGAUUCUGUGGUUCAAAGUAGUAUGUGGCUGCUGACCACAAAGAUGCCCAAAAGAGACUGAGUGACCUUAGCCUUCAUACUAUCCAAAGACAGAAUCUCCAAACUUACAUACUUUCCAAAAACAAAAUAAAAAAAAAAAAAACUCCUUUGUAUUAUUAUUAUUGGUUUCUCAAGACAAGAGUGUAUCCCUGGCUGUCCUGGAACUCACUCUGUAGACCAGGCUGGCCUUGAACUCUCAGAGAUCCGCUUGCCUCUGCCUCCUGAGUGCUGGGAUAAAGGUGUGCGCCACCGCCUGGCGUGUAUUAUUUACAUUCUUGUGUGUAUGGAGGUGAGGGUGUACACAGGUCCAUGUGUGAUGGUAGAGGACAACCCAAUGGCCUCAGUUCUCGUUUUUCACUCUGGGUCCCUGGAAUCAAACUCAGAUCAUCAGACUUGGGUCAAGUUCACUUACUUGCUGAGCCUUCUUGCUGGCCCUAGGACACUCUCUUCAUUUCUCUUCCUCAAACCCUAAUCAUCAUGUCUGAAAGGAAGGGACUUGUUGAGCUAAGACACUCCCUCUCCCAAGAAACUAAGAUGGAGUGUGGAGAGAUGACUCAGUCAGUGGAUAAGAGCACUCAGUCUUCUUCCAGAGGACCCGGGAUGGAUAACUUUCAACAGCUUGUAACUCCUGUUCCAGGAGACCCGAUGUCCUCUCCUGGAUUCUGGGCAUGCAUAUACAUGCACAUGUGUGCGCACACACAUGCAAACCAACAUUCAUCUGCAUAGUUUAAAAUCUUUAAAAUGAAAAGGGAUUAGAGCUAUGGCUCAGUGGUUAAGAGCACUUGUUGCUCUUGUAGAAAGCCUGAGUUCAGUUCCCGGCACUCAACAGGUGGCUCAGUCAUCCUUAAUUAAAGUUCAGGGGAUCUAACUCCUGAUUUCCACUGUCACCAGACAUAUGUCACACAUGGAUUAAGGCAAAUCAUACACAUAAAA